AUGUUAGCACUCAAUUUUGAUGUUUUGAUCCCUCAGUGGUUCCCUGUCUCUGAGAAUACCUCGAUUGUUACGUGCCUUGCUCUUACCUAUAUGCUCGAUAUGGUUAUGGAAUAUCUUUCAGCCAGCGGGGUUAAAAGCUCCCCGCCUAACGUCAAUGAGAGAUCAUUCUCAUCCUCCCCAAAAUUUCACCAUAAGGCCUCUGAUAUCGAUUCUUUGGAAAUUUUGGUAUCAGGAAGAUCAGUAGACCACACCGAAUCCCAGCUAUGCCGCCGGGAAUAA